AGGCAGAUGUUCAGUGUUGGACAACAAUAUCGGUUUUAUAGUCACAUUGAGCACUUGUUUCCUGUCAUCUUCCUCUCAAGCUCGCAUUUACACAUCACAGAGAAGUCAAGAAAUCAAGAAUUUUUUUUUCUAAAGAUUUCCUAGAAGUAUGAGAUCUCGUAACGAAGCAUAAAGUGAGUUAGUGUUAAUCGACUAAGUUGCUAGAGACAUCAUCAUCAUCAGAGGAACUAACUCGGAAGAGCGCCAGGAUGCAGAUCAGCGGCAAGGCGAAGGUGGUGCUGCUCGCCCUCCUGUUCUGCCUCUACUGGUCCGGCUUCUUGUCCUUCGCGGUCAGGGUCGUCGCCUCGGCUCUCGUCUCUCGCCUCAGCGCCUUCGAGUCCUUCGUGAGGGGACAGGACGCUGCGAAGGAGGAUGUGCGGGCAGCGGCGAAGGAGGCGGUGAAGAGAGACACGGAAGACAUGGCCGGUAAGAUGGAAGACAUGAUUUCCAAGAUGGAGAAGAUGGUGGAGGACACAGAUCUGGCGGAGAUGAACAGUGAGGAAAUGAAGAAAACGUUUGGGAAGCUGUAUGAUCUGUUCCCCAUGAUGGACACGUUGUUCGAGCGCGUCCUGAACGCCGAGGUCGCGCAGGCGGUGAACCCGAGGGGCGACUUCUACGAGAUGCAGCGCCGCUACGAUGCCCUGAGGGAGACCCUGGAGACGAAGAGGGCGGAGAAGGAGGAGCUCUGAUCACCCUGGGGCCGUGGGGGAGGAGUCGACUGAUUCGUGUUUUUUUCUUGUUUUUCUUUUUCUUCCUUUUCUGUUUUUGGUUUUGUUUUGUAAGAAAUAUGUUGUAGAUUUAUUUGUUUUAUUUUUUUUUUGAUUUUAUUGGUUCGUUUGUUUUCUAAUAAAAGUUGAAGUAAACUUU